AUGCACGCCACCUCGAAGCUGCUGGCCCGUCACGCGCUGUGGAAGCUGGCGGACGUCGUGCCAGCCAACCGCGUCAUCCUUAGUAUGGUUGAGCCGGCGAACAUCAAGGGUACGGAUCUGCAUCGCGAGCGUCCGGGCGGCGUACGGUUCUUUGUGAGCCUUUUAGAGGCGGCGUCCGCGCGGUCGGUCGAGGUGGACGCCACUACGAAUGUGGACGCGGCCGUGGUCAAAGGGUCAGAGUCGCACGGCUAUAUUUCUGGAAACUGGGAGCUUAAACCGUACGUCGUCCAACUGGUGUUUGAAAACGUUUUGAGCGUCUAUUGCUAA